CAUAUCAGCGGAUUUUUAGAAGUGCGCCGGAUUUCCGAGUACCGAAGGUCUUCUCUGAUUGGCCGGGCCGUUUGCGUCAUCGAUUCAAGAUGGCGCAGCCCGGAGUGGAGCAUGUUGUCGCGGACGCGGGAGCCUUUCUAAACAAAGCUCCUCUCCAGGACAUUGGGAAGACCGUGUACACGCCGAGGGAGGUCGUGGAUGAGAUCCGGGACAAAGCCACCAGGAAGAGUCUGGCCUUCCUCCCGUACCGGCUCAACUUGCAACAGCCUGCAGCCCGGCACGUCCGAUUCGUGACGGAAUUCUCCAAGAAGACCGGCGAUUACCCCAGCCUGUCGUCCACCGACAUCAAAGUGCUGGCGCUGACCUUGCAGCUGGAGGAGGAACACGUCGGGACGGGGCACCUGCGCAAGGAGCCCCGCUGCCAGGUGGACGUGAGCGACACGCGGCGCCACCCGGAGACGCCCGUCAACGUGGCGGGAUUCCACUUCCCUUCGGAGGUUUGCAAACGGGAAGUGAGGAGCACGCCGCAGCCACCGGCAUCGCCCCCCGGCACUGAUGCGGGCGAAUUCAACAGCUUCCUGUUCUGGAGGCAAACGCCGGCCCCCGUUGACCGCCACCUGCUGGCUCUGCUGGAGGACGAUGGCACGCAGGAAGUCGUCGGGAAGGACGACGAAGAGGAGGAGGAGGAGGAUGACGACGUCGACGACGACGACGACGGGGGAGGUUGGAUCACGCCCAGCAACAUCGGACAGAUGAAGAUCGAGUCGUCCGAUUGGACGACGGCUGCCCGGGUCAAAGUGGGCUGUCUGACCACAGACUUUGCCAUGCAGAACGUCCUGAUCCAGAUGGGGCUCCACGUGGUGUCGCUCAACGGGAUGUUGAUCAAACAGGCUCGGAAUUACAUCCUCAGAUGUCACGCCUGUUUCACGACCACGAGCGACAUGAGCAAACAGUUUUGCCCCAAGUGCGGCAACCGAACGCUCAAGAAGGUCAGCGUCAGCGUGGACGAGGACGGACGCGUGCGCAUGCACUUCUCCAGCAACCCCAAAGUGCUCAACGCUCGCGGCCUCAGGUACAGUUUGCCGCUGCCGCGGGGGGGUAAGCACAGUCGGAACCCCCACGUGUGCGAAGACCAGCGCUUCCCUCAGCAGCGCCUGUCGCGAAAAGCCCGCCAGAAGACGGACGCGUGGGACCCGGACUACGCGGCCGGCGGGGCGUCGCCCUUUUGCCAGAACGACGUCUACAGCCGCGCCGCCAACCUCAAGCUCCGAGACGCCGACUGCGGCGCCGGCCGCCGCAGGGUCAACCCCAACGCCGCCCGCGGCAAGUACAACAAAUGAACUGGCUUCUGCGGCCCCCCCCC